UGAGGAUUGCGUUCCGGCACGGUUGGUCUGUCAAUUGAUUAGUGUGUUUAUUUUUAUUGUUUGCUUUGUCGGUAUGAAGACUGCUGUGUUGGCCUCGUUGAUCAGCUUGGCCUUGGCUAAGGGUCACCAUGGCAAGCCCCCUGUGUCUCCGGUCAGUUUUCCAAUUGCCCUGUCGCUCAAUCCACCGCAAGGUCCUCAGUUGACUGACACUCUACAUUCUCUAGAAAUCCUUCCCCGAUGACAUCAAACUGAAGGAUCUUCUGCGGGGAUCUAAGGUUCUGGAGGACUUCGCCUAUUCCUACCCUGAGCGCAACCGUGUCUUCGGCGGCGCCGCGCACCAGGACACCGUGGACUGGCUGUACAAGGAGCUGAAGAAGACGGGCUACUACGAUGUCUGGAAGCAGCCACAGGUGCAUCUGUGGACCCGGGCCGACCAGAGUCUGACUGUGGACGGCGAGUCCAUCGAGGCCCAAACCAUGACCUACAGCCCAAGCGUCGAUGUCAGCGCUGAAUUGGCCAUCGUCUCCAACCUGGGUUGCUCGCCCUCCGACUACUCCAGCGAUGUCGCGGGCAAGAUCGCCCUGGUGCAGCGUGGAGAGUGCACCUUCGGCGAGAAGUCGGUCUACGCCGCCGCCGCCGAUGCGGCCGCUACGAUCGUCUACAACAACGCCGAGGGAACCGUGGCCGGCACUCUGGGGGCCCCGACCAGCGAGCUGGGCCCCUACUCCGCCAUUGUCGGUAUCACCAAGGCCGACGGCCAAACCCUAAUUGACCUGGCCAAGGCCGGUGCCGUGACGGUCGACCUGGUGGUGGAUAGCCAGCAGGAGAACCGCACGACGUACAAUGUCAUCGCGCAGACCAAGGGCGGCGACCCGAAUAAUGUCAUCUCUCUCGGAGGUCACACCGACUCUGUCGAAGCCGGUCCCGGUAUCAACGACGACGGCUCCGGUAUCAUCAGCAACCUGGUCGUGGCCAAGGCGCUGACCAAGUACUCGACCAAGCACGCGGUGCGCUUCUUCUUCUGGACCGCUGAGGAAUUCGGCCUGCUGGGCAGCGAGUUCUACGUCAACAGCCUCAACGCCACCGAGCUGGCCAAGCUGCGUCUCUACCUGAACUUCGACAUGAUCGCCUCCCCCAACUACGCUCUUCUCAUCUACGACGGCGACGGUUCUGCCUACAACCAGUCCGGUCCCGCCGGGUCCGCUCAGAUUGAAUACCUUUUCGAGGACUACUACAAGUCCAAGGGUCUCGCCUACUUCCCCACCCAGUUCGACGGCCGCUCCGACUAUGAGGCAUUUAUCCUCAGCGGCAUCCCCGCCGGUGGCGUCUUCACCGGUGCCGAGGGCGUCAAGACCGAAGAGCAGGCUGCGCUGUACGGCGGCCAGGCCGGUAUCGCCUACGAUGAGAACUACCACGCCAAGGGCGACAACUUCACCAACCUCAACCAGGAGGCUUUCCUGUUGAACUCCAAGGCCACCGCCUUUGCCGUUGCCACCUAUGCCAACGACCUCUCUACCAUCCCUAAGCCCAACACCACCUUCUCCGUCUUCCAGCGCUCCUCCGAGCGUAAGCGUCGCAACGCCAUCCGUCGCCAGAACCCUCGGGCUUUGUCGCACUCGCAUAAGCACGGCACCGGAUGCUUUCAUUCCCUGGUGGAAGCGUAAAUAACCUUUUUGGGUAGAUACAUCUUUACAGUCUCGGGUUUGAUUCUCCUGAGAGAUAAGAAAGAAGAAACGGUAUAAAAGAACCUCGGUUCACGUCUAUGUAUAUAGACCUUUCCUAUAGCAUUUCAAACGAUCAAUGAAAUAUCCAUACCAGGCA